CCUGUGUCUGAGUUAGCAGCCAUCCCCAUCACCUGCUACCCCAAAACCAGGGACACAGGGUUCCCUUGUGCUGGAACGCCUGGGUGCCAGCCCCAACAGGGCUCCCACUUGCCCCAAGUGUCUGUCAGCACCGUGACGCCCCUGGGUUGUGUCCCAGGUGGUGCCUCUGGGGACCCCACCAGGAAGUGACACUUUCCAUUUUGCAUCACACCCAUCUGACAAAGUGUCUGGGAGAGGGUUGCCAGUGUCCCCGUGGGGUGCAGAGCAAGAAAUCAAAGAAGGGAUGGAAGAGAGGGUCACAUAUGCUGAUCUGCGCUUUCCCCCAACACCAGGUCCUCAGCAGCCGAUGCGCCUGCCCUGGUGCUGGGCAGCCCUCAGCCUGGGUCUCCUCUCCCUGGUGCUUCUGCUGGCACAAAUCAUCCUUGUCAGCUUGGGCUUCCACUAUUUAGUACAACAACAGAUGAGCUGCACCCAUGAUCUCUGGAGCAUGGAGAAGAGCCCCAGCUAUGGGCAACAGACACUGCGAGCGCAAUGCCAGUUUUGCCCAGUCGGCUGGCUCUGGGAUGCAGGGCAGUGCUACUACUUCUCAUCUGCCAAAAAGACCUGGGAGAAAAGCAGGGAGGACUGCUGCUCCAGGGGGGCACAGCUGGUCACCAUCCAAGACAACACUACCCUGGCUUUCCUGAUGCGCACCACCACCAACAUGGAGGUCUUCCACGUGGGGCUGAAGAAGGAUGGCUUUGCAUCUGACUGGAAGUGGCUGGAUGGCACCACAUUGAAGGGGAUCUUCCUAAUCCAUCGCUACACCAGGUCUUACCAGGCCUGUGGCAGGCUGUCAGGCUUGGGGCUGUCAGGUGGUCUGUGCUCAGAACCCCUUGGAUGGGUCUGCAAGCAGAGUGCAGCCACCCUGCAGUGGCUCCAGUCCUCACCUCCUUCCUUCAUCUGGGGAAACACCACCUACAGCUGUGUGAGGCCCUGAUGGCUGUGGGAACCUCCAGCCUGUCCCAUCACCAUGUUCCCUGCCUGACUCCAGUUCAUGGGCAUUCGCAGGCACUGACUGCUGCCUCCUGGCCCAGACAUCUUUAUUUCCCUGUAACUGCAUUUUGCCAGUAAACUCUGCCAA